AUGACUCAUCAGAUAAGUGCAAUUGUGCACUCGAUGGCUCCAAAGCUUGAAGAUCCCGGCACUUUCACCAUCCUGUGUAUCAUUGGGAGCGCGGAUUUUGCAAAGGCAUUGUGCUAUUUGGGUGCAAUUAUCAAUUUGAUGUCUUACUUCGUGUUCAAAACUUUGGGUAUAUGUCAAUCGAGGGCUACUUCAAUGAGGUUGCAAAUGGCGGAUAGAACAAUGAAAAGGCCGCUUGGUAUUAUAGAUGAUGUUAUUAUUCAGGUGGACAAGUUCAUUUUUCUUGCUGACUUUGUGAUCAUGGACUGCAAGGUUAAUUAUGAGGUUUCAAUCAUAUUGGGAAGACCUUUCUUUGCAACUAGGAAGGCCUUAGUUGAUGUGGAAGCCGGGGAGCACACCUUCUGGGUGAAAGAAUCCACCAACAAAUCCCUCAAUCGAGGAACCUCCCAUGUUGGAUUUGAAGCAUUUGCCUCCAUUCCUCAGACAAUGGUUAAAUCUAGAGGAGGCGGUGGUGAUAAACAAAAGGGUAGAGCAGAGCCCUCCCGGGGUAAAGGAUGA